CACGUGUGGUGCUCUUGACCAGGACAGGAGCACUGGACAGACGGUGUCCCGCAUCUCCACACACGCAACUCCGGACAAAGUGGAGUCUGGCCCUCGCCUCCUCGGUCACGACACACACGCGCUCACUCUGAACUUACAGAAAAGUUGAGAAAAACAAGUGGUUUAUAGAGGGAUAUCGGAAGCCCUUUGAAAAUGACGGCUGUCGAGACGCAAGUGCAAUACAACACCACGUACACGGUGAUGACGACGAAUGAGUACAUGACUCAGGAGGACGACUGGGACAGGGACCUGCUGCUCGACCCUGCCUGGGAGAAACAGCAGAGGAAGACAUUCACAGCCUGGUGUAACUCUCACCUGCGGAAGGCUGGCACUCAGAUCGAGAACAUUGAAGAGGACUUCAGAAAUGGCCUCAAGCUCAUGCUGCUGCUCGAGGUCAUCUCAGGUGAAAGAUUGCCCAAACCCGACAAGGGCAAGAUGCGAUUCCACAAAAUUGCCAACGUGAACAAGGCUCUGGAUUACAUCUGCAGCAAGGGAGUAAAGCUGGUGUCCAUUGGAGCGGAAGAGAUUGUUGAUGGUAACGUGAAAAUGACUCUCGGAAUGAUCUGGACCAUCAUCCUCCGUUUCGCUAUCCAGGACAUCUCAGUGGAAGAGACCUCUGCUAAAGAGGGUCUGUUGCUGUGGUGCCAGAGGAAGACUGCCCCCUACAGGAACGUUAAUGUACAGAACUUCCACAUCAGCUGGAAGGAUGGCCUCGCUCUGUGCGCCCUCAUCCACAGGCACAGACCUGACCUCAUCGACUACUCCAAACUGAGAAAGGACGACCCCAUCGGAAACCUGAACACAGCAUUCGAGGUAGCUGAGAAAUAUCUGGACAUCCCCAAAAUGUUGGACGCUGAAGAUAUUGUGAACACUCCUAAGCCUGAUGAGAAGGCCAUCAUGACCUACGUGUCCUGCUUCUAUCACGCCUUCGCUGGAGCUGAGCAGGCUGAAACUGCUGCUAACAGGAUUUGUAAAGUCCUGGCAGUGAACCAGGAGAAUGAGAGGCUGAUGGAGGAGUAUGAGAAACUGGCCAGUGAGUUGCUGGAGUGGAUCCGUCGGACGAUCCCAUGGCUGGAGAACCGUGUCGCGGAGCAGACCAUGCGUGCCAUGCAGCAGAAGCUGGAGGACUUCAGAGAUUACCGCCGUGUGCACAAGCCACCACGCGUGCAGGAAAAAUGCCAGCUGGAAAUCAACUUCAACACCCUGCAGACCAAACUGAGGCUGAGCAACAGACCCGCCUUCAUGCCCUCUGAAGGAAAGAUGGUUUCGGACAUUGCCAAUGCAUGGAAAGGCUUGGAACAGGUUGAGAAAGGCUACGAGGAGUGGCUGCUGACCGAGAUCCGCCGCCUGGAGAGACUGGACCACCUGGCUGAGAAGUUCAAGCAGAAGUGCAAUCUCCACGAGUCCUGGACCGCAGGAAAGGAAGACCUGCUGUCUCAGAAGGACUAUGAGUCGGCAUCUCUGAUGGAGAUCAGGGCUCUGAUGAGGAAGCACGAGGCGUUUGAGAGUGACCUUGCCGCCCACCAGGACAGAGUGGAGCAGAUCGCCGCUAUCGCCCAGGAGCUCAAUGAACUAGAUUACCAUGAUGCUGCUACUGUGAACGCUCGCUGCCAGGCCAUCUGUGACCAGUGGGACAACCUGGGCACUCUGACCCAGAAGAGGAGAGAUGCUCUGGAGCGCGUGGAGAAACUAUGGGAAACUAUUGACCAGCUUUACCUGGAGUUUGCUAAGAGGGCAGCACCAUUUAACAACUGGAUGGACGGAGCCAUGGAGGAUCUGCAGGACAUGUUUAUCGUACACAGCAUUGAGGAGAUCCAGACUCUGAUCACAGCUCACGACCAGUUUAAGGCCACUCUCCCAGAGGCAGACAAAGAGCGUAUGGCCAUCAUGGGUAUCAUAAACGAGAUCAUGAAGAUCGCUCAGACCUACGGCAUCAAGCUGUCUGGAAUCAACCCAUACACCAACCUCAGCCCUCAGGACAUCACCAACAAGUGGGAGACUGUGAAGCAGCUGGUGCCCCUCAGAGACCAGAUGCUUCAGGAGGAAGUUGCCAGACAGCAGGCCAACGAGAGGCUGAGGCGGCAGUUUGCCGCCCAGGCUAAUAUCAUCGGACCCUGGAUCCAAACCAAGAUGGAGGAAAUCGGCCAUGUGUCUGUGGACAUUGCUGGCUCUCUGGAGGAACAGAUGAACAACCUGAAGAAUUAUGAGCAGAACAUCAUCAACUACAAAUCCAACAUCGACAAACUGGAGGGAGACCACCAGCUCAUCCAGGAGGCUAUCAUUUUCGAUAACAAGCACACAAACUACACCAUGGAGCAUAUCCGUGUGGGCUGGGAGCAGCUGCUCACCACCAUCGCCCGCACCAUCAACGAGGUGGAGAACCAGAUCCUGACCCGUGAUGCUAAGGGCAUCAGCCAGGAGCAGCUCAACGAGUUCAGGGCCUCGUUCAACCAUUUCGACAGGAAGAGAAACGGCAUGAUGGAUCCCGACGAUUUCCGCGCCUGUCUCAUCUCCAUGGGCUACGAUCUGGGUGAGGUGGAGUUUGCCCGCAUCAUGACUCUGGUGGAUCCCAACAACACAGGCGUGGUCACCUUCCAGGCCUUCAUCGACUUCAUGACCCGCGAGACAGCUGAGACGGACACAGCCGAGCAAGUGAUGGCCUCCUUUAAGAUCCUGGCUUCCGACAAGUCCUACAUCACGGUGGAGGAGUUGCGCAGGGAGCUUCCCCCAGAGCAGGCCGAGUACUGCAUCAGCCGCAUGACCAAGUUCACCGGGCCGGACAUCCCUGCAGGCGCUCUCGACUACAUCUCCUUCUCCAGUGCUCUCUACGGCGAGAGCGACUUAUAAAUGUCCCUCUUCUCUGUCAUGUAUCUCCUUUUUCUCUCGCUUUACCCCUUUCUUUACCCUCUUGUCACUCCACUUCUUCCUUGCCCCGGAAUACACUAUCUAACAAAGUGAUGUCAAAUGGCCCUAGCUUUUUAAUCCCUCCCUUCCGUUUUCAUGCGUCCUGUGUGCAUAUAGAUUUAUUUCCCUCCUUUUUCCCCCCCCUUUAAUUUCUUGCUGUAGUUUUUCUUAAGGAGAAAAAGCGCACAGCAGAAUCACCAGCUCGAAUGAAUGUAACGCCUUCAGUCUUAAUAUUUUCUUUCUCUGGAAUACACUGUACGUGUGCAUUCACAACUGGAGAUUUCAGUCUGUGUAACCUCCUUUUGUCAUCCUCCUCCCUGGACCUGUUCUUCCUUUCUGUUAUUUCUCUCUCUCUCUCUCGCUCUCUCUCUCGCUCUCGCUCUUUUCCUCCUAAACUCAUUUUUGUGUGUGAGCUGUGAUCCUCCUCCCACGCCACCCCCCCCUAAGCCGCAGAGCCCCGAGCUGAAGGAAGAACGAAGGUGGACGCUUUGCUUCUCUGGAAUCGCACACUUAUAAUGUCUGAUCAGUUUCAGAUUUUGAAUUUGAAAAAAAUUCAGUCUCUCCAUCAAUACAAUCCAAAUGACGCAAUAAAGUCAUGUGACUUCCACAAAAUCUCUAAUUCUGGUCCUGUGCCUCCGAGUAUCUAAAGUUCCCCGGUGCAGUCACUGCGCCUCGCGCUGCUGACCUCACGUCAAUACUGUAAUCUUCCCUAAAGUCACACUCGGCAGAUUUCCAGAGCGAACCCCCUCCCAAGGUUAUAGUCUCUAAGCCUCGCCUUAAUUAAGCGGUAUCGAAGCGGUAAAAAAGGUUUGCUGGCUCUCACAGUCUCACACGCUUUUGGCGUGUCUGUAGAAAUCAUUAUCACUUAUAUUUCUAUUUAGACUCUUCUUUUUUUUUUUUGUAUGUGUUGAUUUGGUCAGUUCUGUUAUACGCAGUUAUGAGAGUGAGGAAUGCAAGUCUGGGAAUGUUAAGGUGUUAACCAUAGUAACUGAAUGCAGAGAUCCUGGGGUGAACAAAUAUUUCUGAAUUCACAACAAAGGUGUUUUCUAGGCCAGGUUAGAGAGCUGAAGAAAAUGCCAUGGCUAGAGACAGACAGAGAGAUUGAGGCAGUGAUCAAACGAAUGUCAUGGCUGUAUCAGCUCGUAGCUAACGCUCGACAUGCCUGAUCUGACCGGUUCUUCAAACAAAGCAUCCAGUGUUGAAUUGACACCUAAAACUUUCAGGUAUGCUGAUGAGCAAGAGUGAUGUUGGCUUUUAUGUAAAUUAAUCUUAACCAUUCUCAACUCGUGAAUUUGUAUGAAUUGAAAAUGACGAGAGCUCAGCGGUCGAACCCUGUGUUAAUUCUACUAGGAACUGAAGGGACGGGAUUGAGGAGCGCAGCAAGACAGAGAGAGAAGAAAUGUGAUUGUUCAAGUGAGAGAUUUUGGAAGGUCCUCAAUUUAUAAAAAAAAAAAAGAAAAAAAAAGAAAAGAAAGAAAGAAGGGUCUGAUAUUUCUGGCCCCAGGUGCAUGUGGAACUGUACCAGGCCUAACGAUGCUAAUAAUCCUUCAGGAUAUGAAAUGGUGAUGGGAUAAAAUCUAGUAUAGGAACUAAUCAGCCUUGUGCAAUCUUAGACUGUAAAUUUCAGGAGCUGCUGUGUGUGUGUGUGUGUGUGUGUGUGUGUGUGUGUGUGUCUGUCUCUGUGGCUGAAAACUCAGUGCUCUGAUCUUAGUUUGCCUCUCUGUGUCCCUCAACAUCCCCUCAUUCACCGCCAUGAUCACUUGCUUUCACCCUGCCACUGCUCAAUGAAAACCAAAAUCUCCCAAAUAAAACUUUUCAUCAAGUCUG